AUAGAAAAACAUAUGCCCUCUUCUCCCUCUGCCAUCUUCUACACAAGACGUUGGUGCUGUUGCUGAUUUGUAAAGAGAAGAAGCUGAACAUUAGUUGUGGGCUUCAGAACAAUCAUCUUUGUAUAAAGGUUUGAAGGGAAAAUCCUCCCUCUGUGGUGAAUAAACUCUAUGGUGAUUGAACCUCACUUUGAUGACCUGCACACCAUUACAAGAACCGAAAAACCAUGUGAUGGAUCUUCCUCUUCUUCCCAGCAGCAACUCACAACAUAUAACUACAGACUGUCUGAUCCCCAGUUCUUUCCCCAACCAACCAAUAAUGAAUCGAACGCAGAAAUCUCCGACCUGGUCCCCAUCCCUGGAAUGUAUAAUGUCAGUAGCAACCUCGGACAAAACCAACUUCAGAUUCCUGCAGGGAUAAGCCCAGACUACCAAAGGAUCAGAUCAAACAAUGCUCUUCACAACAUUAGCCAGAUGCUGAUGGAGGAUGUCGAUGAGAGGGUUGGCUUGCAUGAAGGGGAGCCCGCCCUUCAUGCUGCUGAGAAGGCCUUCUAUGAUAUUCUAGAGCAGGUAUACCCGCCUUCAUGGCCACCACUCUGUAGCAACAAUGAAGCAGAUGGCCCAGAUGAGAGCAGGAACAAUUGCCAAAAACGGCCUCGCAGCACUAGCUCCACUAGUGACAUGUCCAGUCGCAGCGUGUUACACCCCUUACCAGCCCCUUUGAGUCCAUAUAACUAUGGCAGGAGUCUUUUCAUGCCAUAUCAGCCUUCAACAAGCACUGGGAGGGCCGCUAGAUUUGGCUUCCCUGCCUUGCAAAUCAUAAGAAGUGCCGAGGAUGCAAAGGGGUUUGAUAAAAGUGUCAUCUAUUUGGACAGCGACAAGCUUUGCAUCUGCAGGCUGACUACAAAGGCGAAAGAAGUCGAGAAGAGCAAAUAUGCAGUCUUUCAGAUCACAGACCACAGGGGGAACAAUCCAUAUACCCAAGAUUUGAAUAACAGGGAAGGGAGAAGCAGCAAACAACAUACGAAUACGGUUACUUGCGAAAUAAGCCAAAACAGAAAGUUUGACAGAAUUCUGCUUUGCUACCGUCAUGAAUGUUUCAACGAAACAGUAAGCCUGCGAGAAUUGAUGGGAAAGCAAGCAAGGAAGGAUUCACCGAAAGGUCAAAGCAAAGGACCUGCUCAACAGAAGCUGCGGGGCAAGAGGCAGAUCAACAAAGAAGUGGUCGAUCUUAGGACUCUCCUCAUCCACUGUGCACAAUCUGUAGCAGCUGACGACCGUCAGCUGGCCACUGAGCUCAUCAAGAAGAUAAGACAGCACUCCUCGCCUGAUGGAGAUUGUACUCAGAGGUUGGCCUUUUACUUAGUGGAUGGCCUUGAGGCACGUCUAGCUGGGAUCGGGAGUCAGCUGUACCGCAAAUUCCUGGAGAAGCGAGUAACUGAUGAAGAGGUGUUUAAGAUCUACAAACUUUGUCUUGCGGCUUUCCCUUUGCUCAGGGCGUCAAACGCCUUUGCCAACAAAACUAUUGUUGAAGCCUCCAGGGGGCAAUUGAAGGUGCACAUCAUCGAUUUUGGCAUAUGCUUUGGCUUUCAGUGGCCAUCACUGAUCCAGCAGUUUGCUGAGCAAGGAGUGCCUCCAAUGCUUCGGAUUACAGGCAUAGAUGUGACUCGACCAGGUUUCGGCACCUUGGAGAUCACUGAGCAGGCAGGGAAGCGGUUGGCUGAUUAUGCAAACAUGUUUAAGGUACCUUUCCAAUAUCAGGGCAUUUCCUCACGAUUUGAAAACGUUCAGAUUGAAGAUCUCAACAUCGAGGAGGAUGAACUUCUCAUAGUCAACUGUUUGUACCGGAUGAAAUCUCUUGGCGAUGAGACAGUAUCCAUGAAUAGCGCAAGGGAUAGGGUGCUGAAAAUCAUGAGAAGGAUAAACCCAAAGGUCUUCAUUCUCGGCGUCGUGAAUGGGUCAUACAGUUCUCCCUUCUUUAUAACGCGUUUCAAAGAGCUCCUGUUCCAUUACUCCUCAGUGUUCGACAUGUUUGAUGCAAAUGCUCCACGGGAUAAUGAAGCAAGAAAGCUGUUAGAGGGGAGAGUGCUUGCGCGGGAGGCGAUAAACAUCAUAGCAUGCGAGGGCGCAGAAAGGACAGACAGGCCAGAAACUUACAAGCAGUGGCAAGCAAGGUGCCUCAAGGCCGGGUUCGAGCAGCUCCCUGUCGAUCCAGCUAUCUUAAAUUCAAUAAUAGAAAUGAAGAAAGCGAUUUAUCAUGAGGACUUUGUUGCUGAUGAAGACAGUGGCUGGCUGCUACAAGGAUGGAAAGGCAGAGUGAUGCAUGCAAUAUCCAAAUGGAAGCCCAAUGAAUCAUGUUCUGAUCAGUAAGAAAUUUAAACAGUUCUUCGUAUGUACUGGCUGUA